AUGCUCAUUUCGCGCCGCACAGCCGGAGAGUCUUCCGCUCCGGGUUUUCCACAGAGCCCGACCCGGCCGAGACGUCGGGGAGCGGGUCGCAGGAGUCUGCGGCAGGUGGUUCGGGGUCCGGACCGGCUAAUUCCAAAAUCCGGCCCCCAGGGUCCUUGGGAUGUUUAUGGGAUUCCAAAUACCACUGUCAGCUCACAAGAACAGAAUCAACUGUGGCAAGCAGCUCAAAAAGAAGCUAAUCACAGACAUAAGGUUCAGGAGGCUAAUAAAAACCCAACUGUGUUCCUAAAUUGGCUUUCUAAUCCUCGCACCCUACAAGCAGUUCCAGCUUCGUGCACUGUGUUGGGCCGCCUCCCAGCCCCUCCCCCAUGCGCCCUCCCAGCCCCUCCCUCCCCCAUGCGCCAUCGUCGUCGUCGUCGCUGUCAUCUUACGCGUUUCCGGAGGCAGUCCCAGCCCACCCCUGUGUGCUACGUCCCAGCGCUUGCCCCACCCGCUGGGCGUGCUCUGCCGGAGCGCCGCGAAACAGCAGCUCAGCGGCUCUGCUCAGUUCUGAGGCAGGUAAACCUACACAAGGUGAAGCUGCCUGGCCUCCCCAUGGACCACGCCCAAAUGCAGCAGAAGACAUUGAGCAAGAAAAUGCCCCAUCCUGGCAUUCUUUGAGACCUUACUCCAGGGCUGCUGGACUGUCCUAGCCACCAAAGAGUGGGUAAGUCAUCCUAAGUUCUAGCCCUCACAGGAAAUGUCGACACUGCCAGAUUCAUCGCUGACAAAAAUUGCUGCUGAAGACUGAGGGGGUUCAGGGCAACAACAGCCCCCUUUAAGGUGUCUGUCUCAGAGUCCAAGUAGCACUAAAGUCUCAGGUAAGACAAUUUUCUAUAUUUGUGGACAUAGAGGCCAUAUAUACAGAGUUCUUCCUGAGUAUUCAGGCUGCUAUAGUAAGUCCUCAAUCUCUAUGAUGGGGUAUUGAUGGUCAACCUAAUACAAACAGGGCCUAUUUUGUGCAGGUCCCAGUCCUAAAUCUUAAAAUGCCUUUUAUACAGGCUGACUGAGACACACUGAGGCCUCAACAGCUUCCAUCUGUUAUUGCUAGUAAACCUCUCCUCAGUGAUAUAAGACCACCCCCUUCCCUUCUUAUUCACCAAUUUGUCAGACAACCCUGGUCAAGACUGACAGAUACAUUUUGUCUUCUCACUUUGUUUAUACUUUUUUAGGAUACAUAAAAGCCUUUCCCACAACCAGGUAAACUGCUAUACAAACGGGUUACAGCGACCCAUGCCUAAAUCAAAGUUGCUAGACUGUCAUCCUGGUUUCAUAUCACUCAGGCUAAGAGGUGCCCUUCCAGCCCUAAAUCUGAUCAUUCUGAGUGGUUAUCUCAUCUUCUGUCGCCCACCCGUCUCUGUUUCACGACGGCCUCGCAGCCACAGUUAACAGGCUAAGUCAUGUUUUGUUAUCCACUUUGGCUCCCAAUUUCUUACGUUCUAUUAAUGAUCAUUUUUACAGCAGGACUCUUUAACAGUAUUACCUACAGACUCCAAUGUCAUGCAUACCAGAGACAAGCCUUACCGACCUACCUCUUAACUUUUAUGCUUUCAGAAGGGGGAGUAAUCAUCUCUCAUAACUCCACUCCUCCUAAUCCCACGUUUAAUUUUCAGAACUCUGCCUUACUGUGGAACAUGUCUAAAUCAAAAUCACCUUUCCCUCUACCUCACCUAGGGAGACAGUGCCAUGUCUCCUCAUAACAUCUUGUCUCUUUGUUUUUCCAGUCUAACAUACGUGCAUUCACCAGUGAAGUUGUCCUGGCCAAAACACCUGGCACCAUCGUCUACCUGAGCAUCAACCUUCAUCUGUCAAGUCUUCUAGGCUCCAGUACAACGCCCUCUGCCAGCAGGAAGUAGUUAGAGAAAUCUUUGCCCCUUUUCAUAAUAAUAAUCAUAAGAUGGGAUAUGAAAGGGUUUUGGCCCAGACAGGACACUGUAGCCAGGAAAGCCUCAACCAGAAGCAGGAAGCCCCUAUCUCCCCUGCCCCUAGGAAGUUACCUGUGACACCAUCUUCCUGCCCCUGGAAAUUUACAUAUGGCGCCAAACCUAGGACCAAUGUGCUACCCGUAUAUCCCUAAUCCCCGCCUUAGGUUCCACCCCAAACCGAGGCUAUUUACAUGCCCCCACGCCAUGUGUCUGCCAGAGAGAUCGUGGGACGCCAGCAGUGGGGGUGCUGGUCAUCUCUCUCCAUGUUCUCAGAAUAAAGGCUACUUUUUAUUUUAUA